AAGUUUUCAUUUAUCAAAAUAAUUUUAUAACUAAACUUUUAAUACUAUAGUAUUGGUUAUAAUACUUGUACUAUAUUAGUAUAUAUAUACAGAAAAUACUAGUAUUGUAAUUAGAUAUUUGAUUAGAUUUUAAAAUAUUUUGUUUUUAUUAUUAUUUUUUAACUUAAAUCUAUCGCUGAAUUAGUUUAAAGUUGACAAAAUAAUGUCCACAAAAUCAGCGCAAAACUUAUCGGCAGUCCUCCAUAAAGUGGACGACAUGAGACUUGAGGACUGGCCAAUGCCGAGACAACCGGCAAACAAUGAGGUAUUACUUCGGACCAAAUGUGUGGGCAUUUGCGGCUCAGACGUCCACUAUUGGAAACACGGGUCGAUCGGCAAUUUUAUAUUGGAUAAACCAAUUAUCUUAGGACACGAAACGUGCGCCGAAGUGGUGGCCGUAGGUCCCGAUGUCCAUGAUUUCAAAGUUGGUGACCGCGUAUGUACAGAACCAGCUGUUCCCUGUCGAUUGUGCUCGACCUGCAAAGAGGGUAACUAUAAUCUCUGUACAAACAUCUCGUGUCACGCGACACCCCCGCACUCGGGCACUCUGACCAAGUAUUUCAUACAUCCGGCUGAUUAUACAUUCAAACUACCUGAUCACAUUAGUGAUGAAGAGGGGGCAAUGAUAGAGCCUCUCACAGUGGCCAUGUAUGCCUGCAAACGAGCCCAGGUAACUGUUGGCAAAUUGGUACUUGUAACAGGUGCUGGCCCUAUAGGACUGUUUAAUAUUAUGGUGGCUAAAGCACUUGGAGCCGACAAAAUACUUGUCACUGACAUUAAUGAGAAACGAUUAAAAUUGGCUCAAAGUGUCGGCGCUGAUCAUACAGUAUUGAUCACAAAAGAUAGUGAAGAAACAAAACUUGUCAAAGAAAUAAAGGAAACGUUAGGUCAGAUGCCCGACAUUACCAUUGAGUGCAGCGGUGCGCCGUCCAGUUCACGUCUGUCACUGUUGGCCACCAAACACGGCGGCAUUGUUAUCCUGGUUGGUCACGGACCCAGUAAUGUUAGUUUGCCGAUUGCCGAUGCGGCUAUUAGGGAGGUCAACAUUCUCGGCUCAUUUAGAUAUAAAAACUGUUUUCCACUUUCAAUAUCAUUGGUGAGCUCUGGUAAAGUGGAUCUCAAACCAUUAAUAUCCCAUCGGUUUUCAUUUGAACAAACUUUGGACGCUUUCAAUACGGCCUAUAAGGGAGAGGGCGUCAAAAUUAUCAUCAAUGUUGAAAACAAUAAGCCUAAGAGUGGUGUUUAAUAAUUAUUUAUCUUAAUUUUUAUAUAUWUUAU